AUGGCACAGCAGUACCACCCCUCCGUACCUCUGUCAGCCUCUCCCAUUUCUGCUCCUAAUGAAUUUGAUGUUAUGUUCAAACUGGAGGUUCCCCGAAUUCAGCUGGAAGAAUAUUGCAACAGUAGUGCUCAUUGCUUUGUGAAAUUCAAAAGAAAUCCCAAAGGAAGUCCUCUGGAUCAGUUCUUAGAAGGGGGAAUCUUAUCGGCUUCUAAGAUGCUGUCCAGGUUUAGGAAAAUCAUUAAUGAAGAAAUUAAAAAUAUUGAAGAUACUGAUGUCAUUAUGCAGAGGAAGAAAAGAGGGAGCCCUGCAGUAACACUCCUGAUUAGAAAACCUAGAGAAAUAUCUGUGGAUGUAAUCCUGGCCUUGGAGUCAAGAAGCAGCUGGCCCGCUAGCACCCAGAAAGGCCUGCCCAUCAAUAACUGGCUUGGAGGAAAAGUUAAGAGCAAUCUAAAACGCCAGCCAUUUUACCUGGUACCCAAGCUUGCAAAGGAAGGAAGUCGUUUCCAAGAAGAAACAUGGCGGCUGUCCUUCUCUCACAUUGAAAAGGCCAUUUUGAAAAAUCACGGACAAUCUAAAACAUGCUGUGAAAUUGAUGGAGUAAAAUGUUGCAGGAAAGAGUGUUUAAAGCUGAUGAAAUACCUUUUAGAACAACUGAAAAAAAAGUUUGGAGACCAAAGGGGACUGGAUAAGUUUUGUUCUUACCACGUGAAGACUGCCUUCUUCCACGUCUGUACCCAGAACCCACAUGACAGCCAGUGGCACUACGAGGACCUGGAGCUCUGCUUUGAUAACUGUGUGACGUACUUUCUUCAGUGCCUCAAGACAGAGCGCCUUGAGAAUUAUUUCAUUCCGGAUGUCAAUCUCUUCUCUCGAGACGAAAUUAACAAGCUAAGUAAAGAAUUUCUCUCAAAGCAGAUUGAAUAUCAGCAAAACAAUGGAUUUCCAGUUUUUGAUGAAUUUUGAACCUUUAUUUUUAAAAAGAAUCCAAGAGUUAGAGUGACUUUAUAAUAAUUGAAAUGUACCACAACAGUGAUUGACUAAAAUGAAUAUAGUUGUUCAGCCAUCAGUUUGUCUUCAUAAAGUCUAAUCAAUAUAAAAGGAUGGAUUAUUCUAGAAAAGAGAUUAUUUAAUGGAAGCAAAGGAGUACUUAAGGGUUUCCCCGGUGGUCCAGUGGUUGAGAAUCCACCUGCCAAUGCAGAGGACACGAGUUUGAGCUUCGCUCUGAGAAAACCCCGCAUGCCCCGGGGGCAACUCACCCUGUGUCACAACGCCUGAGCGUGAGCUCUGGGGCCUGCAGCUCGCAGCUGCUGAGCCCGUGUGCACCAGCACCCCCUGGAGCCUGUGCUCCGUAACAGAGAAGUCACUACAGCGAAAAGUCCUCCAACGACUCGAGAACAGCCCCCCCGCCCCCAACCAGAGAAAGCCCUCGUGCAGCAACGAAGACCCAGCCAGAAAUAAAUAAGUAAAUCUUUUAAAGACAGAGAAGUAUUUAAAAUAGAAAAGCUUUCUCAGAGUGGGGCGAAAAGAUGGACGAAAUACAGAUCACCUCAAUUAAAUUCAUCAAGCACUUACUGAACAGCACUCCUCACCGAGCACAAGUGUGUGGAAGGUGGCAAGAGACAAUGUUAGAAAUGAUCAUUGCUUCCAUGAACGGGUAGAUUUUGUUGAACAUACGAAUAUAUUUGGAAGCAGUGUCCUGUCCUAUGCGUUAGGAUAGGUUAAGAAGGAAAUGAAAAAAUCGGUUCUGCAUGUCUUGGGAAAUUGAUUAUCUUUUAUAGAAAAAUAUAGGAUACUUUCCUACCUGGCUAAAUAUAAAACAUAACUUGUUUUCUUUUACUUUCAGUAAUACUUUUAUAUGUAUUUCUGAAAAAGCAAUAAUAUACAUAUGGUACAAAACUCAAAAGAAUAUGAAAAUGUUACCCUCUCUCUGCACUCGGGAAGCAUUCAACUGGAGGGAGCUGCUGCUUGUUAACUUUUUUCUAUUCAUGUAUUUUGCACAUUUUCUUAUUGGCUGUUUUAUUGUUUUCUCACUGUCAUUUUAUUUUGUUGUUAUUCUCAUGUAAUGAAUAACUUCUGUGUGGAUUGUCUAUAUCAUUUUUGUGUCUUCUAGUGAGUGAGGUUUUAAAAUUUACUUCUUGAACUUGUCAGUCUUUAUGCUUAUGUGCAAUUUUAUGUAUCUUGUUUAACAACCUAAUGUGUUCGAACAUACUAAUCAUUGGACAUUUGGAGAAGAGUUUCAGUGAUAAAUAAAUAGAAAAUAGUAUGAUAAAUAAAUAGAAAAUUGGGCAAACAAAAAAUCCAAACUUAACUCCAGGAAAAAUUGUGUGCAAGAAAAGAAAAUUAAUCAUAGUCUAGUUUGAGAAUAUUUCUCAGCUGUAUUUAUGAAGUCAAAGUAAUAUUAUAACUAUUGGCUAUUAAUUUGAUCAGAAUUAUGAUUAGUUAUAUAGAGAAGAUAGGAUAACAGUCUGAGUGCUUAUGUGUAACAAUGAUGGUAGAGAGAGUUGGGCUAUAUUAGUUUUCUACUGCUGCAUUAAACUUACCAUAAAAUUAGUGGCUUAAACUAUACACAUUUAUUAUCUCACUGUUUCUCUGGGAUAGGAUUCUGGGAUAGUUCUGCACAAUAUCUCACAACACUUCAAUCAAGGUGUAAGUUGGGGUUGCAGUCUUAUCUGAGGCUUGACCGGAGAAUUCAGUUUCUUACGGUUGUAAGACUGAAGACUUCAGUUUCUUGCUGACUGUUGGCCAGAGAUUGUCCUCAGCUGCUAGAAACUGCCUUCAGUUCCCUGCCAUAUGAAUGGCCAGCAUUGGCAGCCCUCAGCAUGUCAGCAGUUCACUGCUAGCAAGGGAGGGAAAAACUCCAGCAAGAGCGUAUAACAGUCUUAUUUCACCUAACAGCGAACAUGUAAUCAUAUGUAUCUCAUGCCCUUUACUACAUAAUUGGUUGGAAGCAAGUCACUAUUUCCACCCAUAUUCAAGGGGAGGGGAGUCACUGAAGAGUGUUACGUCAGUUUAAACAACCGUAUAGUUAGGGGGAAGACAGUCCCCCUGAGACCACUCACUUCUGACACCAAUUGCAGCUUGAGGAGGUUCUCCAAAUCAUUCUUAGGUUUGAUAAGUCACUGGGAAGAUAGAACUCAACUGAAACCAGUAUAUUCAUGGCUACAGUUUAUUACAGGGUAAAGAUACAGGUUUAAAUUAGCCAAGGGAAAAUGUCUAGGAGGGUACCAAACACUGAGGUUCUGUUCUUUUUUCCUUGGGAAGUCAUGGGUAUGUUUUAUCUCUUGUCAUUAGUGAAUAACAAUAAACACAAAUACUGCCAAUCAGGGAAGCUCACCUGA